AUGAAGCAGAAGAAGAACUACGAAGAAAUACUGAUACGUGCACCAAAGCGAUACAUUCGUGAAGCACCAAAUCCAUUUGAAUUUUUUAAUGAAAAUGAAUUUAAAAGAAGAUUUAGAUUUUCCAAGGAUUCUGUUAUGUUCGGUAUUUUACCAUUAGUGGAGGAAGGACUGGCAAAAAUUAAUAACCGUGGAUUACCUGUAGCUCCUGUCUUACAGUUAUUGAUCUGUUUAAGGUUUUAUGCAACAGCAAGUUUUCAGCUCGUUAUGGGUGAUGUGAUACAAGUUUCACAGUCUACAAUAUCAAGAAUUAUUGCACGAGUUUCUUGUUUAAUAGCAAGUAACAUAAAUAGAUAUAUAAAAAUGCCAACAUCUGAUCAAGCAUGCUCUGAAAACAAACGUUUAUUCGAAGAACUUGGACGUGAUCCUGGAGCUAUAGGUCUUCCCUCGAUUGAUGGAGCAAUAGAUUGCACACAUAUUCGGUUAAGUCAUACAAGAUUACAAAAUAUUGAUGAGGUAUAUCGCAAUCGAAAAGGAUACUUUUCUUUAAAUGUUCAGGUUAUUGUCUGACCGCGUACUGAAA